AUGAACAAGCUCCGAAGACGCGGAAAAACGUCUAGAGGCGAGUCUCUGCUAAUGCUUCAGAUGAUCAUGAAUUCUUUUCUAAAUCUGACGAAUACAAUAUUUUGGUAUUUUUUUGCGAUUAUCUUGAAUCUCUUCUUUGGUAAUAAUGUGAUGUUCGUGUAUAAUUAUGCAGUCGAUUUCAAUCAGGCGAUGCUUUUCAAUUUGGUCGCUAGUAUCAUUUGCAUUCUAUGUUUCCGAAAACCGAAAGAAACGCGGCCUCAAAAUGGAGUGAAAGUAAAUGUGACGGCUUCGUCGAUUGCUGAACGGCUGAACGGA